AUGUCUUUGCUCGCUCGCUCGGCCGCUCGCCAAACAUUGGCGCUUCGUCAGAACAUCGGACGCCGUUCUGUGCACUUUGAAAAUACGCUUAACAAUAACACUCCGUUCUCCUAUCAGAACAAGGCCGCAUUUGCUUUCAAGGUCACUGCGUUCCUGGGCACCGGCUUCGCCAUUCCCUUCAUUGCUACCUACUACCAAGUAUCGAAGAACAAGGGUGCCUGA